CUUGUAAGGGGAAUUUUGGCAGAUUGUUUACGUAGUCAGGCCUAGAUAACCUAGAGCCCGGUUCUCAAACUAGACCCAAUUCUGGAGCAUUUUAGCCAUCAAUUUGGGCAGGAGCCAGAAAAUAAAAUGCUGGAAUCUAUAAUUUCAUAUUUAUGAUAAGAACAAGAAUAAUUGUUUGGUGUCCAUGGACCAUGGUGAUCGAACUCUACAUUGACUCGAAUCCAACCAAGAACUCAAUAGACAGUGUCAUUUCCUUUCUGGAGAAUAGGAAAGAGAGAGCCGCAAAGGGAAGAUGAGAGCAAUUGCAGCAAUUUUACCAUCAAAGCAAUGGUACCCAACAACCCAAAGCAACCCAACAGUUCAAUCAAAGAGAACCCUCAACGCCAACCCAAUUCAAAUUUGCAUCAACCCAUCUAAGAGAGUGAACCCACUUCCCUCUCUUGCCAUAAAUCCCUCCAAAGCCGCUGCCCUAAACCCUAAUCUGCCGCCACUGGUGGUGAUUGGAUCAGCCAAUGCAGACAUCUAUGUGGAGAUCGACAGGCUCCCGGUGGAGGGCGAGACCAUCUCAGCCAAGGCCGGCCAGUCACUUGCCGGCGGGAAAGGGGCCAACCAGGCUGUCUGUGGUAGGAAGCUCGAAUAUCCCACCUAUUUUGUGGGUCAGAUUGGCGAUGAUGCUAACGGGAAGCUAAUAGCUGAGGCUCUUGAGGGGGGUGGGGUUCUUCUUGAUCACUUGAGGACUGUGGCUGAUGUACCCACUGGCCAUGCUGUGGUGAUGCUCCAAUCUAAUGGGCAGAACUCUAUUAUCAUUGUCGGUGGAGCCAACGUGUCUUGUUGGCCCGAUGCUCUGUCUGAUCAGAACUUGGAGCUUGUGAGGAAUGCUGGGAUUGUUUUACUUCAGAGGGAAAUCCCUGAUUCUGUCAACAUUCAAGUUGCAAAGGCUGCUAGGGCUGCAGGUGUUCCAGUCAUUCUGGAUGCUGGGGGAAUGGAUUCUCCAUUCCCGACUGAACUUAUUAGUUUUGCUGAUAUUCUUAGCCCAAAUGAAUCUGAGCUGGCUCGUUUAACAGGAAUGAAAACUGAAAGUUUUCAACAGAUUAGUGAUGCUGUGGCAAAAUGUCAUGAAAUGGGUGCUAGACAAGUCUUAGUGAAACUUGGGGCCAAAGGGUCAGCUCUCUUUGUAGAAGGGGAAGAGCCAAUUCAGCAACCAAUCAUAUCAGCUCCAAGGGUACUUGAUACAACCGGAGCUGGCGACACCUUUACUGCUGCUUUUGCUGUGGCUCGUGUGGAGGGGAAAUCGAAGAAGGAAUGCAUGAGAUUUGCCGCUGCAGCAGCCUCUCUCUGUGUGCAAGUGAAGGGAGCCAUUCCAAGCAUGCCCAGUAGAAAGUCAGUUCUAGAUCUUCUUCAAUCCCUUUGAGAAUAUUUCUGUCAUGUUUUGAAUAUGAAUAAGAGCUAUAGGCUAACUUCUCCUUCC